CGCCCUCUGACGCGUAGGCAACUUCCGGGUGUCUCGUGUGUAGGUUGUGUCUACGGUGUCUACCCCCGUGUGUAGGAGGCAGAGAGACAGCAGCAGGGUGAAGACAUGACAGCUAUGAAGGUAGAAGAUAUAAAAGAAGAAGAGACGUAUGUGAGGGGUGAUCAGCAGUGUAAGGAGGAGGAAACCCCUACAGAUAUCAGCACAGGACUGUACAGAGGAGAAUCACAGGAUCCCACAGGAGGAUCAGAUGGGCCCAGUAACAGAGAUGCCCCAGAGAGAUGUCCCCGUCCUCUGUAUUCCCAGGAUUGUACAGAGGAGAAUCACAGGAUCCCACAGGAGCACCAGAUUAAAGAUGUGACUGAUAUGAAAGCAGAAGAUAUAGAGAGAGAAGAAGAGACGUAUGUGACUGAUAUGAAGGCAGAAGAUAUAGAGAGAGAAGAAGAGACGUAUGUGACUGAUAUGAAGGCAGAAGAUACAGAGGGAGAAGAAGAGACGUAUGUGACUGAUAUGAAGGCAGAAGAUAUAGAGGGAGAAGAAGAGAUGUAUGUGAGGGGUGAUCAGCAGUGUAAGGAGGAGGAAAUCCCUACAGAUAUCAGCACAGAUAGACAUUCAAGCAAGAAUACCUCUACGGGAAAUCUGAUUUUGUCUUCACCUAUUAAAAUAGAAGAUAAAGUCACACAGAAUUUUCCAGAAAAAAACAAAAUUUCCAUAAAUAAAGAUCCAGCACCUCGCAGUACAGCUAUAUCAUCUGAUCCCUCUGAGCACAAGGAAUGUUCUGAUAACUCAGAUAUUGCACCACAGAGUACAGCUUGUAGAACGGAUCUAUCCUUUCCCUGUUCUGUGUGUGGAAAAUGUUUUACAAAGAAAGGACAACUUGUUAGACAUCAGAGAAGUCACUCAGGUAACAAACCAUUUCCAUGCCCUGACUGUGGGAAAUGUUUUACACGCAAAUAUCUUCUUAUUGAACAUCGGAGAAGUCACACAGGCGUGAAACCAUUUACAUGUUCUGAGUGUGGGAAAUGUUUUUCUUUGAAAUCGGGUCUUGUUGAACAUAAGAAAAGUCACACAGGUGAGAAACCAUUUCCAUGUACGGAGUGUGGGAAAUCUUAUAGACGUAAUUAUCUUCUUGUUGAACAUCAGAGAACUCACACAGGUGUGAAACCAUUUCCAUGCUCUGAGUGUGGGAAAUGUUUUACACGCAAGGAACUUCUUGUGGAACAUCAGAGGAUUCACACAGGCGAGAAAUCAUUUCCAUGCUCUGAGUGUGGUAAAAGGUUUGCAGAGAAAUCAGGUCUCCUUCGUCAUCAGAGAAUUCACACAGGUAUAAAACCAUUUCCAUGCACUGAGUGUGAAAAAUGGUUUACAGAGAAAUCAAGUCUUGUUAAACAUCAGAAAAUUCACACAGGUGAGAAGCCAUUUCCAUGUCCUGAGUGUGGGAAAUGUUUUGCACUAAAAACAAAUCUUGUUACACAUCAGAGAAUUCACACAGGUCAGAAACCAUUUUCCUGCAUAGAGUGUGGGAAGUGUUUUGCUCAAAAAUCACCUCUCGUUAAACAUCGCAGAAGUCACACAGGAGAGAGACCAUAUAAAUGUACUGAAUGUGGAAAGGGUUUUACAGGAAAAUCACAUCUUGUUAGACAUCAGAGAACUCACACAGGCGAGAAACCACAUAAAUGCUCUGAGUGUGGGAAAUGUUUUACACAGAAAUCAGAUCUUCUUACGCAUCAGAGGAGCCAUACAAGUACAAAACCAUAAAUGUUUUGAGUGUGGGAAAUUUGUUUUUAGAAUAAACUGGUUUUGUUAGAUGUCAAGGAACUCACACCGGUGAGAAACCAUUUACAUAUUAUGAGUGUGGGAAAUGUUUUACACCAAUAAAUCAAAUCUUGUUUUUAUAUCCAUAUGAAACGCGUAUGGCUUUGGAAACAGAAAUUAACAUUAGCCUGUGUGAUGUUCCCUACUAAUGAUAUCUCCAUUUUAGAAUAAACCAUUUUAAGAAGAUAUAAACCUCUUUAUUGCUUGGUGUGUUAUUAUUACCCACCUGGCGAGAUCACAGUGCUGCUAAAGACUGUUCAUGGGUAUUCAUUGUAACUUGGUAAUAUACCAUUGCAUGUUCAGUUGUUGUGGGCAUAACAUAAGGACCCCCAUAUCUCCACAAAUGGUAGUGUGGGAAAAAGAGAAUUAAACACUAGUUAUGUUGUGUUAUAACCCCUUAUGUUAUGAAAAGAUUUUCCAAUAAAAAAAAUAUAUGAAA